GUAGAAACGAAGACUGUUCUCAGGGAACGCCUGGUUGUAGCUAAAUAUGCUCGACUUGCGUCGGGGACAAUUUUAGUUUACCCUAAACCUAACCUUAAUCUAAUUAGGCAAGUCAGUUAAAAACUAAUUAUUAUAUCAAUAACGGCCUAACCCGGCCAAACCUAACCCGGAUGGCGCUGGGCCAAUUGUGCGCCCCUCAUGGGACUCUCAAUCAGGUUCUGUAGUGACGCCUCUAGCACUGAGAUGCAGUGCCUUAGACCGCUGCGCCACUCGGGAGCCCCCUCUUAGGUUGGGGACGUCCCAAGGAUUCCGGGUAGCAGUAACUAGAAUUACGUCAAAAGACGCACUUAUUCUAUCUAAAGAAGUGGCGCCGAUGGGCGAUGGAUCCCUUUGCUAAUGUAAAGCACAUGAGGUGAAAGAGAGAGCCACACCCUGUAAGAAUUACCCUCCCGUGUUCUUCGAAUGUCUUGCAUGGAAGUUACCGCUCCCGCGCUUAACACAAAGUUGCCUCAAUUUGCAUGUUUGUUCAUUUCCUACGAGGAAUAGUGUAGCGUAACUAUUUUCGUGUCGGGGAUCAUUCGGCAAAAUAGACACAGUAGCAACAAGUACAAAAAGUCACUGCAUCGAACAUCUGAAAAUGCAAUCCCACCUUGUUGGGUUAAACUCUAGAUAAACCUGACUGGAUACUCCAUUUGUCGGCAGCACCCAAUGUGCUUACCACAUGAUGUGUGACUUCAGGAGGGCUCAGGAUUUGUUAGUUGUGAACAUCUCUGGACUCUCCCUCCAUUGUUUCUCCUUCUGUUUGCAAUGUGUACGCCACAGGGUUUGACAUAAAGAAAGUGGUCCAUUGGUCAACGAAGGACGUGCUCCUGUGGCCUUACGUCACCUGAACGGCAAGGGCCUCAUGCAGCUCUCUAAAGCGGACUUCCAGACGGCUCCUCUGGCCCUUGUCACCUUGGACGGAGGCAGACAGCUCCUGGACAAGAUGGAGACUCUCAGGAUAGAGCACCACAUUGAAACGCAUAAAAACAGGCAUGCCAACGGAUACGCCAUCUUGGCCGUCAACAGUGAGGUUAAUGGGAACAAGCCCAAGAGGAAUGGUGUGGUCAAUGAGUUCCACAAGGAGCGGAUCCAGAUCCCCAUGCCUGAGAUCACCCGCUCUCCGUUUCCUGAGGAGUGGGGGAAGACGGGCGUGGCUUUUGUCUACGCCACGAUCUGCUUCAUCUUCACCACCAUUAUGAUCUCCGUGGUCCACGAACGUGUGCCUGCCAAGGAGGCCACUCCACCCCUACCAGACAAGUUCUUUGACUUUUUCGGGCGAGUAGACUGGGCUUUUUCUAUAUGCGAAAUCAACGGCAUGAUACUGAUCGUCCUGUGGCUUCUACAGUGGGCACUGUUAAAAUAUAGGUCCAUCGUUGGUCGGCGGUUCUUUUUCAUCAUUGGCACACUCUACCUCUACAGGUGUAUCACCAUGUACAUCACCACACUCCCCGUGCCAGGGAUGCAUUUCAAGUGCUCUCCUAAGCUGUUUGGUGACUGGGCAUCCCAAAUGAGCCGAGUGAUGAAGAUGAUUGCAGGAGGAGGCCUGACCAUCACUGGCUCUCACCACAUGUGUGGGGACUACCUUUACAGUGGCCACACAGUCAUGCUGACACUCAUCUAUCUCUUCAUUAAAGAGUAUUCCCCCAAAAAGUUAUGGUGGUACCGCUGGAUCUGCUGGCUGCUCUGUGCUGUGGGACUCUUCUGCAUUCUCCUGGCUCAUGACCACUACUCUAUAGACGUGGCGGUGGCUUACUUCAUCACCACACGCCUAUUCUGGUGGUACCACACCAUGGCCAACCAGCAAAAGCUAAAGGAAUCAUCGCAGAGCAACUUUUUCUCAAGGGUGUGGUGGUACCGAUUUUUCCAGUACCUUGAACAGAAUGUCACAGGCAUCGUCCCUCGGAACUACCAGAUGCCGCUGUCAUGGCGACCGGCCCAGUGGAGUCAAGUGAAGUAGAGCCGGAUCGAGACUGCGUGCCCAUGACAGGAGGAAGUGACCCCCCCCCCCUACACUCCUGAAAGUGCCAUAUCUAAUCACAAGAAGAUGCUAUAUCAGUCAAGCUCCGUAGCUGUUCCAUUUCCCUUUUCUCCUGUAACGCCCACUCCAGUCCAACUGGCUAGCACUGUGACCAACCAUCGUUUCAGCCAAAACAUUUCACAAGGGUUUCCAGUGAGUGGAUCGCAAGCAUUUUCAUUGGCAGGUCCAGAUCUAGUUCAGUUAACAAUAGGACAUGUAAUUAUGUUGGUCAACGCCAAUAUCUCUCUCUGUAAUUGUUACAGAUACUCUGUUGCUGAAACAGAUACUCUGUUGCUGAAAACAAAACAAUCAUGUUUGUCACAGCAUUUGGGCUGACCCAAAUGUUUAGUCUUUCAUGCUCAAAUGUUUUACCAGGUUUUGGUUCAAAGACGUGCUGUAGCGUUGAGAACUGACCAGUCAUGAAGCAAGAGGCGCUUUUUGUAGUGCAAACCAUUUUCUAAGUAUAUGAACAACGUGGUCUCAGAGCAUUUCGUAUUAUUCUGUAUGUAAAUCCAAGACCCUCCAUUUAGUUUGCUUUUUUACGUUUCAUAUGGUAUGCAAUUAUUUUGUGGAUGUUCGUCAUCCAUUUCGUAUUAUGUUAUGAAUUACAAUUUGUAUGAUAUGCUAGAAAUUACAUUUCGUAUGAUAUGUUACAAAUUGCAAUUCGUACAAUAUGUUACGAAUUUGCUAAAUAUGUGAUGUGUUACAUAUGUGAAUAUGUUACGAAUUCCAAGUUAGUUGUGGAUAACGUUAGCUAGGUGGCAAGGUUGCUAACGCUACAGUUAUCUAGCUGGCUAACGUUAGCUAAGCUAGAGGUUAAGGUUUGGGAUAGGGUUAGGAGUUAGGUUAAAGUGUUAGGGGAAAGAUUAGCUAACAUGCAAAGUAGCUAAAAAGUAGUAAGUAUUUGCAAAGUUGCUAAUUAGCUAGAAUGCUAAAGUUGUCCGUGAUGAGACUAAAACACGUAAUGCUAGAUGUUCACGUUAAAAGCCCAUCCAUCCACCCCGACCAACCACCCUCUUUUCGUUUUUCCGUCAAGCAACCACUAAUUUCAGUGUCCCAGAUUUACAUUUACUAUGUUACGUCUAGUCUAUGAGACUAGUCUAAUAUAACAGAUUUACUUUUCAAAUGAAUGCUUUAGAUUGCUACAGUUGGGAGACGAAAGAGAGUGAAAAGGAGAUAAGAAUUAGUAACAAUGUUCCUCAGUGCCUUUCUUGUUAUGAUUGCAUAGUAAGUGUAGCAGUGUCCUCACUAAUGUGUUCAUGUUGAAUUGAAUUACCGUUUUAAAGUUACACAUCAGUAUUUAGACUGGAACAGAUAGGACGAUGCUUGAAUGAUGCUGCCGCUGAUCACCGAUAUAGCACACACACACUUGAACAAUUAUGACUCCAUUACAUUUUCUCCUUGUUUCUGAAUGUAAAGAAUCAUGUAAUUCUUUGAAUCCUGUCAGUGUCUUUCCAAGGCAAUCAUGUUUGAAAAAAUAAAUCCGGACUCACUUCUUAUUUUCUAUUGAUUUAUUUAUUACAUAAUAUUGCUCUUGUUUUUCUCUGUUAGGGGAAUAUUAGACUCUCUAUGUCAUGUAAUUUCUUGCCUAUUAUGCCAAAUAGCUGCAUUGUGUGGACUGUCCCUUGACCAAAUUGUAGGUCAGUGUGAUGGAGAGAGGUUAACACAGUGAGGUUUUAUUGAGGGGUCAUGACAAUGUCUCUGCUUACUGAUGAAGGCUGAACCAAAUGCCCCUCUCCUCAAAUGAAAUGUAUACCUCAGAACUGUCCUGUUAACCACCCAAUGGGAAGAGCUGAUUGUGGUGUAACCAUGGGAAAAAUGUAUCGAUAGGAAAUAAAUCAUAUUUAGCACACUUAA